UAACAUCUCUAACGAAAAGGUAAACAAAACCAAAAUAAACAAAUCGGGACAAAUACAACGAAAAAGUGGCAUAAGAUGUGGCUGCCACAGCGCACCCACCCUUCCUGUGGUGCCCCUAGUGUCGUGCCGGAAUCACUGCCAGACGGUCCACGACCGGUCCAUCUCCCCCAACAGGGAUUCGCGCGACCAAAUUUGCUGAACUGGACGAGGGGUGAGAAAAAGCGGCCGCAGGUAAAUCAGUAUCAAUUUACAAAGGUGUGGAGUUGGCGGUCCGGAGAUCGGUACCACGCCUUGGUUUGGCCACUGUGGACCGCGAAGGAGCACGGUCAGGGUCGCGACGCUGCGCUGCUCGGGUUCUACGUGCCCGGGACGGACUCUCCGAGAUAACAAAUAGAAAAAUCACGUCGACAUGGCUUCGAUGUCUGGCAGCAACUAAACCCUAUCCCUGACCUACGCAGUGUCAUGCUCAUUACGCCAUAUUCCCUUUCCCUCUCCCAAAAGUGGGUCAUUGGACGAAUCCAAGGCCAUCCUAGCCAUACCCAGAGCGAAACGGGCUAGUUUAAAUAUGUAGCUAGAUAGCCAAGGGCAGGAGCAGAAGGGGCGACACUUUAGUAGGGGUUGCCACCCUCCAACUUUAUCGAUACCAAAAGCGAAUACCUACUUCUUAGUUCCUCCAGCCGAUUCCAACAUGAAAUGCAAUACCACCUAAGGAUUUAGAGAGACGCCUCCGAACCAUGGCUACUCGACGAAAUCAUUGGGAGCAUUGGGGAUCGGUGCCUGGCGAAAUCCGUAUGCAGUUCCAAACGGUGCCCUGCGCGGGGCCCACGCUUACCAAGUACUGCCUUUGCUUUUUGUUGCGCUCCUUUAAUUUGUGCAGCCUUUUUCACGCUUUCCACGUCGCUGUCGCCUAUCACCGCCGGAGCCAAGCCAAACGCUUGCCAGAAGUCAACUCCAAAAUAGGCCUCCUGCUCCAGGUAUUUCGACGCGUCCUAUAAUCCUCUCUAGACGCCGUGCGGACUACGGACAGGUAUUUCUGGACAGGCACGUCCAACGCCUCGACCAGCUCCCUGUAACCUUUGCCCAGCAGGC